AUGGAUCUCGAUCCAAUGAUAUCGAGUUCACAAGAAGAUUAUUCUUAUUCAGAUUAUGAUAAUCGACCUAUUAGACCAAUGAAUCAAGAAGCACUUAAUGAAACACUUGCAAGAUUACCUAUACUUAUUGAUGAAGGUGAUUAUAAUAAUCGAACUAAUGGUAGUUCCGAUACAAAUACAAACGUAAAAGCUCGAUUAACAAAUCGUCGACAACCCAUACUUGCCUAUUCGACAAGACGAAAAAAUCUUCAAACAUCAACCGUUAAUACUAAUAAUAAUCAAUCUUUAUUGCAUGUUAAUACAACCAUUGGAACACCGAAGAGUAAUAAACGUAAAUUAGGUGGAUGUACACCAACUGUUACACCAUCAGCAAAUAAAGUUAUUAAACAACUUGAUUGUCGACAAGAAUUAGUACAAUUAAAAGAAGAAAAUAAACUUUUAGCAGAAGCUAAAGAAAACUUACAACUUGAAUAUGUUUUAUUAAAAAAUAAUCUUGAACUUGAAAAUCUUCGAAAUGAUCAUACAUUAUUAUUACUUGAAAAAGAAACAUUAGAAAAAAUUGUUGCCGAAUAUCAAUUAUUUAAAGAAGAAAUGACUAAUAAAUUAAAUGAAAAUGAUAUAACAAUUAAAAAUCUUCGAGAAGAAAUUGAAAAAUUAACGAAAAUUCAAGAACAACAAAAGCAAGAAAAACAAUUAAUAAAUAAAUCUACAUUAACUAAUGGUCGAAUACUAUUGAAAGGAACAACAACUGAUCGACCAAGAACAGUUGGUAGUACUGCUGUUCCUACAAGUACAAAAAAUGAAACAGUUCGAUCAAAAACCAGUGCGAAAGUUUCAAUUACACGAGGAACUAAAAAAGAUGAACGUAUGACAACCCCAUCAUCAUCAGUUAAUACGAGCUUAAAUAAAUCAAAUUCUUCAACAUGUUCAUCGGCAUCAACAUUAAAACUACCUCCAUCGAAAUCUAAAAGUAAACCUAGUGUUAUUAUUGAGGAUAAAAAGAAAUUUGUAUCGUCGGUGCCAUCACUUGAUAAACGAACAAGUCUUAUUUCAACACGUACAAGAUCAAAAGUAGUUCCUACAAAAUCAUAA